CAACUACUUCCAAUUAUUUAUAUUUGUGAUUCAAUGUAACAUGUCUGUGAACUUGCAGAUUAUGAGAGGAUUCCGUACGAGGCCAUUCAUCCAUUCUGGAAGAGCCUAAGUUGGGAGCAUGUACCUGUUGCAGAUACUGGCAGCUCAGAUAUUUGCGGACUAAACCAUGGAGAGAUGCACCCAGAAGUUGAGGCACUGACACGUUAUUUCCAUUCUUUGGAUACUGGAGGGCAGAGUAUGGUAAGGAGGAAGCUUCAAGCGAUAUAUUGUCCUGAAAGGAGUACACUAUGUACUCCUGAGCUUCGGAUAAAGUCCAACCGCACUCCUAAGUUGAAAGAGAGCAAACAACCCAAGGGUCGAGCAAUAGGAUCCUUGACUCGUGAUCCUUCAGCGUUUGAACUUACAGACAAGAAGAUUAAAGAGGAAAAGAAGUCUUCACAACCAGCAAAGAGGAAGAAGCGUGUGAAGAAGUCUGAUACAAGCCAUUUCAUGUGUAACUUUCCAGCCUUUCUCCAUCCAUAUAUUGGCACAAUUACAGAUGUUGAGGAUGAUGGUAACUGUGGCUAUAGAUCCAUUGCUGCAUUAAUGGGGCAUUCCGCCGGUCAGGACGGUUGGCCUUGGGUUAGGGCUACAUUGAUACAAGAACUUGAGACCAAUGUGGUAAUGUAUAAUAGGAUGUGGGGCACAGAUGUUGUUUAUGGCUUACAUAAUCGUCUCACUCUUCCUAUUGGUGACCCGGCCACCCCUGACAAAUGGUUUCAACUGCCAGAGAUGGGAUACCUUGUUGCCACAAAGUACCAAUUGGUUCUCGUAUCCUUAUCCUCUAUGGGUUGUAACACAUACUUUCCACUGAUAGGAGCCGGCCCACGAGAUGAGCAUUCUGUUAUAGCUAUUGGACAUGUGAUAAAUCACUGGGUACAGCUCCAAUUAACUCAUGGACAUCCUAUGCCGACUAUUGCUCCCCAGUGGGAAUGGCACAGUGAUCUUGCCUCCAAAUACUGGCGCAACCUAUAUGGUCCACGUUUAGGCAUGUAUGAUGCACAAUUCCAAGCUUGGCUUGGUGCUUUUAGUGGUCAUGCGGACUAUGUGGACAUCACCACAGAUUGAAUGUUCUUGUAUUGUGUAAUAUUAAUUUGUAAACUCUCUGUAAUUUGGUAGAAUGUGGCCCUUAUCACAGGUUGUUGUUAAUGAUGAAAAUCUAGACAUCAUCGUAGAUUGGCAGGUUCAUGCGUGUA